AUGGAAGAGAGAUCCAAGUUGAGGUACUUGAGUAUGCUUGAAGUUGAGAGAGACACAAUCUCGGAUGUUUCCGAAAAGAGGAAGUUCUUUGUAACCUUUACAUAUCCCUAUAUGAAUGGAAGGCUGCAUCUUGGGCACCUGUUUUCCAUAUCGAAGGCAGAUUUUUUCAGCUAUUACAAGGAGCUGCAGGGCUAUAAUGUGCUGUUCCCGUUCUCAUUCCAUUGCACAGGAAUGCCAAUAAGUGCAUCAGCAAAGAAGCUUGCGGAGGAGCUGUCUGGAGAGAAGGUCGAUCUUUCCGUAAAGAAGAUCAUAGAGGAUCUUGGAUUCGAUGAUGUCAAGCCGUUUACAGACCCCGUCCAUUGGGUAAGGACAUUUCCGGGUCUAUGCGAAAGGUCUCUGAAGAGGUUUCAUGGCAAUAUAGACUGGAGAAGGUCCUUCAUCACCACGGACAUCAAUAAGUACUACGACUCAUUCAUUAAGUGGCAGUUCAAUAGACUGAAUGAGUUGGGCCAUUUGUCCUUUGGGAAGAGGCACUCCAUAUUCUGUCCAGUUGACAAGCAGCCGUGCUUGGACCAUGACCGCAGAAAGGGAGAGAAUGUGAAGCCGGUCGGGGUGGUUCUGUGCAAGCUGAGGUUUUCCGAGGGGAUUCUUCUUGCAAGGAUCAAGCAGGGAUGUGUUCCAUCCAAAGCGGUUGUUGGAAGUCGGUGUGACUUCAUAGGGUUUGAGUACUGCAACGAGAAGUAUUUUGCAGAAAAAGAUGUCUUUGAGAAUGUGGAUGCGCAGGCUUCUGGAAUAUGUGUAAGGGAAUCUGUUAAGGGAGAUUUCUUUGGGGGAAGGCGGUUUUCGGGGUUUGGAAAGGAGGUGGUAUGCGAUGCCAUUGAAAAGGAUGUGCCCUGUGUUGUCAAGGGGACGCAGGACAAGAAAGACCCCUCUCUGGCAGAAUACAUCAAGAAUGAAAUCGAACUUAUCAGCAAGGUUGAAAGCACUGAGACCCAGCUUGCAGAGACAAAGGAUCUACUGAAGUUCUAUGAACCGGAAGAGGAGGUUAUAAGCAGGUCUGGAGGAAAAUGCAUUGUUGCUCUGACGGACCAGUGGUAUAUAAACUACUGCGAUCCGGAGUGGAAAAAAAAGGUCAAAAGAUGUAUUGAAAAUCUAGUCUGCACUGACGACACAAGAGCGAUUUUGGAAGAUGGGUUGGAAUGGAUAGGAAAGUGGGGGUUUUCUAGAUCUUUUGGACUGGGAACAAGGAUUCCUUGGGACAGUGAAUAUCUUAUCGACUCUCUCAGCGAUAGCACUAUUUAUAUGGCAAUGUACACCUUCAAGCACUUUCUGUACAGAGACUUGGAGGGGAAAGACGAGCUGUUUCCAUCCAACAGACUUUCUGACGAUGUGUGGAACUAUAUUUUUCUUAAUCGAAGCAUAACGGAAGAUCUUGCUCCCUAUGAGGAGAUUCUAAGCAACUGCAGAGAAUCAUUCAACUACUUCUAUCCCAUUGAUCUUCGUGUCGGUGGAAAAGACCUGUUGAAGAACCAUCUUAUUUUCUUCUUGUUCAAUCACGUGGCUUUGUUUGAGGAGAAACACUGGCCAAAGCGGAUGUUUACAAAUGGACAUCUUAUGCUAAAUUCGGAAAAGAUGAGUAAGAGCUCGGGGAACUACAUGACUGUCGACGAGUCCUUAGACAAGUUUGGGGUGAGCUCGACAAGAAUGUGCCUGGCUGUGUGUGGAGAUGGAAACGAAGACGCAAAUUUUGUGGAAUCGAAUGCGAAUGCCUUUGUUCUUAAGCUUUAUUCAUAUGUAAAGAUGAUUGAGGAGCUGUGUACCGGCAGGAGUCUUAAUCCCUGCAUCCUAGACCUCAUGAAGGGAUACGGCGAAAUGGGAUUUGCAGACAGGUUUCUUAUGCAGACAAUCUCUAUGAAUGUUGCACACGCCACCCGUGCACAUGAGGACAUGACAUACAGGGAUGUGGUGAAGUAUGGGUUUUACGAGAUGGUACAUGCAAAAGAGAUGUACCACAUACUGGGGGGAACUAACAACGAAAUUUUGUUCCUACUUUGUAAAGCCAUGACCCAGUUGCUGUACCCCAUCAUACCUUCGCUAGCACGGUAUCUGAUUGAGACAUACUUCUACUCGAACUUUUCUCUCCCCGUUCCAUUUCUAUCUGACACAGCAGAGAUUGACGGGGUUUCUUACCUUAAGAAUACCCUAAAGAGGCUAGUGGCGCAGAAGAGGAGGAAGAAGAGGUGUGAAGUCGUCGAGAUAUUGGUUGGAGUCGAGUAUUCUGAAUGGAAAAGGAAGUGCAUGAGCAUCAUAGAUCAGAUUGCCUGCGAGUGCAAGGUUUUAAACAUCAACGUUUCUGAAGAGAUGAAAACGGGCGAGUCUCAGUUUGUACCAAAGAUUAUAGAUGCCGUCAGGGAAGUCUUGAAGGAGUUUGGAAUUCCCGAGAAAAAGGGCAUUUUAUUUUCGAUGGACUAUCUUAAUCACCCGGAAAACUACUCGGUGAAGUUCAACGAGUACGAGGUCUUGAAGGCACACAAAUAUUACAUCGAGAACAACACCGGCCUCGAGGUUAUUGUUUGCGUUAGCCCCAGAGCAGAUCCUGGCACUCCAUUGUUUGAGUUCAAGUAA